UGACUCUUCACUCUCAUUUCGCUCUUCCCCUAAAUCCCCAAACUCAUAAAGCAAAACGCUGAUAACAACGCUCGGAGCUUGUCGCCGGCGAAAGAAAAAUGGCGAUUUUGUUUCAAAGUUCAAGUAGCUCUAUGUUAUCCAUCAAAAUUUUUCUGAUUUCGACUACCGUUUUGUCUGCUGCUAUUAUGUUAAAGGUCUCUGCUCCUGUCGUCACUGAAUUCGCCGUCAGUGAAGUUCCGUCGAUCUGGAACGGUGUCGUUUCGUGGCUUAAACCUCCGUAUCUAUACCUUGUUAUCAACUGCAUUAUCAUCACGAUUGUAGCCUCUUCUAAGUUGCAGAACAAGCUCGAUGAGAACUCAUCCCCGGUGCCGGCGAUAGUUUCGCCGGAGAAUUUGGCCCAGUUUCACCCGAUGAAGGAUGUAAGGCCGGUUACAGACUACUAUUCUCCGGCCCUUCAUGACUUAAACGGCUCCGUUCUGAAGAAUCAAGUUGUGGAGGCCAGACCGAUAGUUUACGAGUAUCCGACUGCUGGUGUGUAUGAUGCAAAGGUCGAGAAAGUUCCGGUAGUUAAUCCGUACACACCGGAGAAAGAUACAUCGUUCAACGUGAAUGCUUUUACCUAUCCGGAGCCUAACGAAGUUGUUGCUGAAAAGGACGACUUCGUAAUCUCGAAAUCCUCUUGGGCGCCGGUGAUGAGACAGGACUCUAUUGAUUAUUCCAUUUCAGGCAACUCGGCUGAGAAACCUCCUGCCUCUGCCAGAUUCGCUCACCGGAGAAAUGUCAAAUCCACUCCUGAAGGUGGAAAGGGAGCAUUGAGAGUAUCAAAGCCUAAACGGCAAGACACGCUGGAGAGUACAUGGAAGACGAUAACAGAAGGGCGUGCAAUGCCGCUGACGAGGCACCUGAGGAAAUCAGACACGUGGGAGACACACGGUGGUCGGAACCCGGCUACCCCACCACAACAGAAGAUGAAGAAAUCGGAGACGUUCAAUGACAAAACUACCCCUGACUCCUCGCCGUUGCUGACUCCGUCUCCUGGUGGUUCAGGGAAACUUAAGAAAGAGCCGUCACUAAGUCAGGACGAGCUGAACAGGCGAGUUGAAGCGUUCAUUAAGAAGUUUAAUGAAGAUAUGAGGUUGCAGAGGCAGCAGUCGAUGCAACAGUAUACUCAGAUGAUCAAUCGAGGCUCACAUUAGGAGUUUUUUUCACAUAAACAGAGAAACUCUCUCUUUU